AUGGCCAAACCUGUCUGCAGAGUGAAACUGGUCGCCAGCCCCUUCCGCGGACGUUCCUGCCUGACUCAGGUCCCCAGACAACGAGCUGUGCAGGCCCUGCAUCCCAUCCUGCUGCCCCACUUAAUGCUGAGUACAGCAUCCAGUCCCAACUGGGACUGGACCCACCAGUCCACAGAAUCCACCGCAGAAUCCAUCCUACAGCCUCACCUGAGUGGGUGGGAACCAAGCCAGCUUUCCUACCCAGCUGUCUCAGCCAGUGACCCUCCACUCCGCUUCAGGGCUCAAAGAGAUGCCUCACCCAAAAAGAGACCACCUAGAUACAUAAAGCAAAAUCCAGCAGAGCUAAAAGGAGAAAUAAUGGGGACUUUAACACUCCAUUCUAUAGACAAUGGACAGAUCAUCCCAAGAGAAUCAUAA